AUGGCAAAGCAUCCGCGCAAGAAGCAAAGGACAACCAAAUCCGCGGUGGAUGCUCCUGACCCUGUCAAUGUACGACCACUUGGCUCUGCAGUGUCGCUGCUAGACGAUUCGAGCAAAGAUGAUGAAGAGCGAAGGCUAGAAAGCCUGCUAUUCGGCACGGCGUACACCCCCUCGUCAAGUAAAGGCGAGGAACUACUGAUUAUUUCGGACGACGAGGACCAGGAUGUCGACCAGAGGGGGGAGAAGGAACUGCAAAAUAUGUUGGACACGGAUCUAUUCUUUGUAGAUGAUCCCGUAGGUCAACAGCCAGAAUUGGAUGUUCAGCCGGAACCACAAGCGAGCGGGUCUGACGGCGAGGACGAUGCUGAAGCUCGCACGGACGACGAGGAUGCCGCACAGAGUGCCGGGGCGGGUCCCUCGGAGGAAGAUGAAGAGCGGAGUGAAGGAGAAGAAGAAAGUGAAGAGGAAGCCCUAACUGCUCCGAAAAAGAAGGGCCCUGCAUGGACAGACCCAGAUGACCCCGCACUGCAGGUAUCCUUGGUUGCGGACAAACGGAGACGGAAGCUUCGAGAUGCUGCCUCGGAGGACAUGGUCGGAGGGCGGGAGUACGAACGACGAUUGCGACGGCAGUUUGAGAAGAUAAACCCUACACCGGACUGGGCUGCCUCCGCACGGAAAAAGCUGCAUCCUACAAAGGCAAAGCGGAGAAGACCUUCUACAUCUUCUACGUCGGAGAGCGACGAGGAAGAGGGGCUCCCUGAUGUAUUGGCCGAUGCGCGGGGCGUCCUGCAGCAGGGACGAAAGGCCAAUGUCAUACCACAAGGCAUCCUCUCUAUCGAGCGCCUGCGCGACGCCAACUUGGCUGCGAAGUCCGAGGGCGAAGUCAAGGCGAUCAACGGGCACACAAAUCCACAUCUCCAAACCGUUCAUAUACCGGAUCUCCCUGUGACGACCGCCAUGUUCCAUCCGGGCGGCACAUCCAUCCUUCUGACGGGACCCCGCCCGUAUUACUACACAUACGACCUCAUGUCCGGUACAGCCCUGCGCUCGCCGCGUGGACUGUGGGGCACGACGUUCGCCAACAACAACGUCGCCGCCCAGGACGGAAGCAUGGAGAUCUGCGCGUUCGAGCCGUCGGGGGAGGUCCUGGCCGUCGCGGGUCGCGGCGGCCAGAUCCAUCUGGUCGACUGGCGUGCGGGUCAGGGCCAGGUCGUCGGAAGCGUGAAAAUGAACGCUGCCGUGAAGAGCGUCUGGUGGGCUUCUGACGGUAGCGGCCAGAUGAUGAGCCUUGGGGAGGAUUCCGAACGGAGAUGCGUGAAACGGUGGAAAGACGACGGGGGCUUUGGCAGUCGCCUCAUGGUGGAGACAAGGCGGGGAGGUACCUUGCGACUGGGCUUGGUCAACGUAUACGGAUCUGAAGGUGUCUCCGCCUUGGGAUCGAACAGCCCGAAGCCUUUGAAGACGCUUGGCAACCUCACGACCGCCAUCACGUCUCUGCGCUUCAACCACAACUCGCAGCUGCUCGCAAUAGCCAGCAACACCAAGAAGGAUCAGAUGCGCAUGGUAUGCAUUGUAGAGUACCUACUCAAUCCAUCUGCCCACCUCACGGCGUUCUCGAACUGGCCGACAUCGAGCACUCCCCUUGGGCAUGUCACAAGCAUAGACUUCUCGGCGCGGAGCGAGUAUGUCGCCAUUGGGAACAACCGGGGCCGUGUCCUCUUGUACCAGCUCAAGGAUUUCGGCGCACAAUAA